GGCGCGGAGGGGCCGGUCACCCCGCAGCCCGGCCUCGGCCUCCGCUCGUCGCCGCCCCGCCCGCGCGCACGUCCCCCCGGCGGCCACCAUGAGCACAGGCCUGCGGUACAAGAGCAAGCUGGCGACCCCAGAGGACAAGCAGGACAUCGACAAGCAGUACGUGGGCUUCGCCACACUGCCCAGUCAGGUGCACCGCAAGUCUGUGAAGAAGGGCUUCGACUUCACGCUCAUGGUGGCGGGGGAGUCGGGCCUGGGGAAGUCCACACUGGUCCACAGCCUCUUCCUGACUGACUUGUACAAGGAACGGAAGCUGCUCAGUGCUGAGGAGCGCAUCAGCCAGACGGUCGAGAUCCUGAAGCACACGGUGGACAUUGAGGAGAAGGGGGUCAAGCUGAAGCUCACCAUUGUGGACACACCAGGCUUCGGGGACGCCGUCAACAACUCUGAGUGCUGGAAGCCCAUCACCGACUACGUGGACCAGCAGUUUGAGCAGUAUUUCCGGGACGAGAGCGGCCUCAACCGCAAGAACAUCCAGGACAACCGUGUGCACUGCUGCUUGUACUUCAUUUCCCCUUUUGGGCACGGGCUGCGGCCAGUGGACGUGGGCUUCAUGAAAGCCCUGCACGAGAAGGUGAACAUCGUGCCCCUCAUUGCCAAAGCCGACUGUCUCGUCCCCGGUGAGAUCCGGAAGCUGAAGGAGCGGAUCCGGGAGGAGAUCGACAAGUUUGGGAUCCACGUUUACCAGUUUCCUGAGUGUGACUCGGACGAGGACGAGGACUUUAAGCAGCAGGACCGGGAACUGAAGGAGAGCGCACCCUUCGCUGUUAUCGGCAGCAACACGGUGGUGGAGGCCAAGGGGCAGCGGGUCCGGGGGCGUCUGUACCCCUGGGGGAUCGUGGAGGUGGAGAACCAGGCACACUGCGACUUCGUGAAGCUUCGCAACAUGCUCAUCCGUACACACAUGCAUGACCUCAAGGACGUGACGUGCGACGUGCACUACGAGAACUACCGAGCGCACUGCAUCCAGCAGAUGACCAGCAAACUGACGCAGGACAGCCGCAUGGAGAGCCCCAUCCCCAUCCUGCCACUGCCAACCCCCGAUGCUGAGACGGAGAAGCUCAUCAGGAUGAAGGAUGAGGAGCUAAGGCGCAUGCAGGAGAUGCUGCAGAAAAUGAAGCAGCAAAUGCAGGACCAGUGACCCCACCAGCCCCUCUUUUCCACGGAUAUACUGCCAGUUUACAGGCUGGCCCUUCCCACCCCUGGACCCCGACUGGCCUGGACUCGACACCGGAUUCGUCUGGAUCGCUAACAGGCCUGGACACAACCCCAAUUCCAGAGUGGCCCAGACCUGGACUCUUCCCUACUGUUCCUGAACUGACCCAGAGACGCGGGGUCGCAGCCCCCAGCCAGCCCUAAUUUAUUCUCAGCAUCAGCCCCUCCCCUCAUUUGUAUCUGCUUCCAAGGGGCCUGGACAAUGGCCCCCACAACCAGCCCUCUCUGGCCUUGGGGGAGCAGGAGCUAAGUUGGGCGGUGACUUCUGAGAUCUCCCCCCAACCCAGAAGGUCACAGCACUUAGAUUCCAGGCCCUACUCAGAUGGGCGGGUAAACCAAGGCAGAAUAGGGGAGCAGGUCCGCAGGAUCCUGCCCAGUGCUGCAGAGUGAACUUGGGAGCCCUCACUUUGUGCUGAGGUGGGCCAGGUCCUUCUUACCUCCUCACCCACUCACCAGGUAGCUCAGCGGGCAGGUUGGACAGCCGAAGCGAUUAGGAUCCCUCCAGACCUUAGGAGGCCAGCUGGCUGCUGGGGAGGAAUAAUGGGGCUGGGAUGCUUGUAAAUGCCUACGCCCCUCCCCCACGGCCAUGGUCCGGCUUCAGGAGCAGUGGGUGGUGGGCAAACUAGCAGCCCCCAUCCCUGGACCACCCUUCCCUGUUGGUCGCUGGAGACCUGUUCCCUGCAGCAGCACUGUUGCCCCGGGUUCCUGAGCCCUUGGUCCCCCAUCCCUCCACCCGCAUGAUCCCUGCCCCCAAGCCCCAUUCUCCAGUUUGUUCAGUUGUGAAUGCUGCGUCCUGUCCUGGUGACAGGAGAACAAUGUUGGUGAACGUCGAA